CAUAUGUUGCCAGCUUUUUAUCAGAGUUGUAGUGAAAUGAUAAGCAAAUGGGAGGAGAUUAUUCCAAACGAAACAUCAUUCGAGCUUGAUGUAUGGCCAGACUUUCAAUUAAUGACCAGUGAAGUCAUUUCUCGAACUGCAUUUGGGAGUAGCUACGAAGAAGGGAGAAUAGUAUUUGAACUUCAGAGAGAACAAGCUGAGCAUGUAACGGACAUAAGUCGUACAGUUUAUAUACCAGGAACAAGGUUCUUGCCUACUAAAAGGAACAAAAGAAUGCUGGAAAUCAAAAAGCAAGUCCAAACAACGAUUAGGCGUAUAAUCGACAAAAGAUUCAGGGCAAUGGAAGCAGGGGAGCCUAGUAAAAAUGACUUAUUAGGCAUAUUAGUUGAAUCCAAUAUGAAAGAAAUUGAACAGCAUGGAAGCAAAUAUUUCGGAAUGACAACAAUUGAAGUGAUUGAAGAAUGCAAGUUAUUCUACUUUGCUGGACAAGAGACCACUUCAGUGUUGCUCGUCUGGGCAAUGAUUUUGUUAUGCCUACAUCCAGAGUGGCAAGCCCGUGCCAGAGAGGAGGUUUUGCAGGUCAUUGGAAAUGAAAAGCCAAAUUUUGAAGGACUAAGUCGCCUCAAAAUUGUGACAAUGAUCUUGCACGAGACGUUAAGGCUAUUCCCCCUAGUACCAACAUAUCGUAGAAGGAACAAACAUGAAGUCAAAUUAGGGGAGCUGAGUCUACCAGCUGGAGUGCUACUCUUUAUACCCACAGUAUUAAUUCAUUAUGACAAAGAAUUAUGGGGUGAAGACGCGAAGGAAUUCAAACCAGAAAGGUUCAGUGAAGGAGUGUCAAAGGCAACCAAAGGACAUCUCUCGUUUAUUCCAUUUUCCGGGGGACCUCGAGUUUGCAUCGGACAAAACUUUGCAAUGAUGGAAGCAAAAAUGGCAAUAGCAAUGAUACUACAAAAGUUCUCCUUCGAACUCUCUCUGUCUUAUACACAUACUCCAGUUGCAUCAUUUGCUACUCGUCCACAGUAUGGUGCUCCUCUCCUUAUGCGCAAACUUUGA